AUGCCACCAAAGAAGUCCCAUACAUCACGCUCUCAAAUGGCUACAACUCAAGAUGAAAUGAUUCCUCAAAGUGUCAACCUUCAAGAACAAUUAGAAGUUCCACCUGAGCCCUCAAAAGAUACAAUGCCAACGAUUCCCUUAAGCGAAUAUGAAGCGCUUAAAAAGAAGUUCGAUGAAAAUAACAGAAAGUUGGAUGAUUUAAUGCACUUUGUCCAACAAGCUCUACCUCAAGCAACAUUCCCAUCCAACCUCUAUCAUAAGGGAAAGAAAGCUAUGGAACAACAAGAGCAAGGUGAUUCGCGUCCUCAUAACCAAGAGAGGGUUGAACUUCCACUAGCAGGAAAAAACACAGAAAAAAUCCAAGAGGUGGUAGAAAGCACCUACAAAGGAGAAUCAAGAGCGUUUGAGAGAGAUGCGGAGGAAUCUACCUUUAGCAUAAAGGAGACAGCUGAUCUAAAAAAGAUGAUUGAACAGGUACUGGAACAGAAGAAGCUGGUUCCUACUGAGGAAACACCACAGAGAAGUAAGGUACCUUUCGUCAAAGAAAUCAUGGUAAAGCCACUACCCAAAAAGUUCAAGAUGCCACAGCUAACAAGUUAUUCUGGGAAGGGGGACCCUUAUGACCAUAUGCAAAACUAUGAGGCAGUGAUGCUUCUCCAUGGAUGGGAGGACGCAAUCAUGUGCAGAGCAUUUCCGCUUACUUUAACAGAGCAUGCACGCAUAUGGUUUAAUAAUCUGAAGGAAGGAUCAAUUUCAAACUUCAAUCAGUUGAGGAAGGAAUUUAUAGAUGGGUUCCUCAUUAAUGCUAGGAGAAAGAAGGACGCUUCGUAUCUUCUGACCAUUAAACAAGAAGAGAAAGAGAGCCUGAAAGACUAUGUUGAAAGAUUUCGUGCCGCUACCUUAGAAGUACAGGAUCUUCAAGCCACAGUGGCCGUCUCAGGAAUGCUUCAAGGGACAAGGUCAAGAGAUUUUCAAAAAUCCCUUUCCCUAGAUCAACCCCUCACUCUUGGAGAUCUGUUCAGUCGAGCUAAUAAGUUUAUCCUUUCGGAAGAUGUUAUGAGGCACAUCAAUGCUGGAAACAGAGAUAAGAAAAGAAAAGAUAGAGAUGAAACGAGCGAUGAAGGGAGAAAGACUGGAAGGGGAAAUGAACACAGACAAGUUCCAAAACUCAAAUUUGAGAACUUCACACCAUUAAGCCAACCACGUUCUACCAUCCUAGCAAGUAUAGAAGGAUCUGGGCUCCUCACCUUUCCUCCUAAGGCAAACAAGACAAUGGGCAAAUUUACAGACGCAUACUGCAGGUUUCACAAAACCCAUGGACACUCAACUGAUAGAUGCAGAGAACUGAUGAAUGAGAUUGAAUCUCUAGUGCGCCAAGGAAAGCUUAACAGAUUUGUCUACUCAGAAGCAUGGAGAAACGAGAAACCGACUUACUCAAAAAAGGAAAGAUCUGAAGAUAACAGGGGGAUGAAGGAUAAAAAAGACUCCAAGACGAGGGAGAAAACCCCCACUUUAGAUAACAACCCAUCUCACCCAGCAAUACAUGUUAUCAUCGGGGGUGAAACCUUAGCAAGUGAGACCUCUUCAUCAAGGAAAGCUUAUGCAAGGCAAGCUUAUGAAGUUAACAACAUCAUGAAAACACACGAGAAUGAAGAACCUAUCACUUUUACUUCCGAAGAUCAAGGAGAUGUAGUCAUGCCCCACGAUGAUGCAAUGGUUAUUUCCGCAACCAUUAUGAAGUUGCAGUAG